AUGGUUGCAGAGGAGUUGGACAUGUGUCCUAGAAAUGUCCUAAGGAGGUCAACCGGAAUACUACCAAGAGCCAACAACAAGGUCGUGUGUUCACUACAACAACGGGUGAUACCGUUAGAUCCGACGGUUUGGGAAUUGAGUUUGGGAGUCUAUGACAUUCAUAAGUCGCCGCAGGCUCUACAUCAUUUCUGCUCUCAAUUGGGUGUGCCGCCAAAGCACAUGUCAGUUCUUAACGAAUAUAGCCAAACUAUUCAUGAAGUGGCAGCAAGUGUAUCACAAAAAAUGGCGGAGUCUUUUAGGCGUAGUGACUAGUGACUAGUGAGUACUGAUUUUAAGGAUUGGCCAUUCAUAUUUAGAAGUAUCACAUAUAGCUUCAACCCAGAAAACAUAGGCUCUACAGGGGCACCAAUACAUACGGAUACAGGCUUCAUAACCUUACUUCAAGAUGAUGAAAAUGUUGGAGGCCUUGAAAUGAUGGACCACUCUAGCUCAUUUAAACCAGUCCCUCCCCUACCUGGAUCAUUCCUUUGCAUUAUUGGUGAUGUUGGACAUGUAUGGAGCAAUGGAAGAUUUCACAAUGUGAAACACUAUGUAUCAUGCAAGGAACUAGCAACUACACAUUUCUGUCUCAGUGUGUUUAUGUUAUCACAAAGGGAUGGUAAGGUUGAUACUCCACUGGAGCUAGUGGACCUUAAUCACCGACGUUUCUAUCGCCCAUUCAACUAUAAAGAGAUGAGGGCCUUUCGAAUUAGCAAAGAGAAGACAAACUGUGAAUUUCUCGACCAAUUUUGCAGUGUUUAG